AAAUUAAUUGCUGGCAACACUUUCACAUUUUGUGAAUGUUCUUCGUGUGCCGGCUCCUUUUGAUUUUUCGGUUACGAAUUGUUAAAGUUCUCAUAAUUAUAUACAUAAAGUGAAACAAAAUGCACACGGAAACUACGAUAACACUUAUACAAAUAUUAGAAAAGACUAUAUCACCAGAUCGAAAUGAGUUGGAAGCGGCAGAGAAGUAUUUGGACCAGGCUGCGGCCACCAACUUCACCACCUUCAUCAAAAUGCUGUCUGAUGUACUGGUGCAAGGUGGCAACAGUCAAGUGGCAAGGAUGGCUGCUGGACUACAGCUGAAAAACCACCUCACUUCUAAAGACCCAACUAUGAAACAGCAUUAUCAACAAAGGUGGCUGGCUCUUCCUGAAGAUAUUAGAUUAUAUAUUAAGAAAAAUAUACUCACAGCAAUAGGCACAGAAAACAGUAGACCAAGUUCUGCAGCUCAAUGUGUGGCAUAUGUAGCAGUAGCGGAACUGUCAGUGGGCCAGUGGAAUGACCUUAUCCCUAUUCUUGUAGAAAAUGUUGUUAAUGCUCAGUCAACAGAACUUAAGAAGGAAGCUACUCUGGAAGCUAUUGGAUAUAUUUGCCAGGAGAUUGAUGCAGAAGUUCUUACAGAGCAAAGUAAUCCUAUCCUUACUGCUAUAAUUCACGGCAUGAGAUCCACAGAACCCAGUACCAAUGUCCGUUUAGCUGCAACACAAGCCCUCCUUAAUUCUUUAGAGUUCACAAAGGCAAACUUUGAUAAGGAGAAUGAACGGAACUUCAUCAUGGAGGUUGUUUGUGAAGCCACACAGUCCAGUGACAUGAGGAUUAGUGUUGCUGCUCUACAAUGUUUAGUCAAAAUACUUUCCCUUUAUUAUCAAUAUAUGGAACCAUAUAUGGCACAAGCAUUAUUCCCUAUCACACUAGAGGCUAUGAAGUCUGAAAUUGAUGAGAUCUCGCUGCAAGGUAUAGAGUUUUGGUCUAAUGUCAGUGAUGAAGAAAUUGACCUUGCAAUAGAAGAGGUGGAAGCUGCUGAAGCAGGACGUCCACCAGUAAGAACCUCUCGCUUCUAUGCCAGAGGAGCUCUGCAGUACCUCGCUCCAGUUCUUAUGCAAAAGUUGACCAAACAAGAUGAUUCUGAUGAUGAAUUAGAAUGGAACCCAUCUAAAGCUGCCUCAGUCUGUUUGAUGCUCCUUUCCAACUGUUGUGAAGAUGAGAUUGUACCCCAUGUGCUGCCAUUUAUCCAGUCAAAUAUUAAAAAUGAAAACUGGAGGUACAGGGAAGCUGCACUUAUGGCCUUCGGUUCAAUAUUAGGCGGUCUGGAAGCCAGUAUUCUAAAACCUUUGGUAGAAAAUGCUAUGCCAACAUUAAUUGAAGCCAUGUACGACUCUAGUGUAGCAGUAAGAGACACCGCUGCCUGGACAUUUGGCAGAAUUUGUGAAAUAGUUCCUGAAGCAGCCAUCAAUGAGACCUAUUUGAAUCCUCUUUUAGAAAGUCUGGUCAACGGCUUGAAAGCAGAGCCGAGAGUCGCAGCGAACGUCUGCUGGGCAUUCACUGGCCUCGCGGAGGCGGCAUACGAAGCCGCAGAUUGUGAUGAUUCGAACCAGCCCAAAACUUAUUGCAUGUCCAACUAUUUCGACUUUAUCGUCCAGAGAUUGCUCGAAACGACAGAUCGCCAAGAUGCAGCCCAACACAAUUUAAGAUCGGCAGCAUACGAGGCGCUCAUGGAAAUGGUCAAAAACUCCCCGACGGACUGCUACGUCACCGUUCAGAAAACUACCAUGGUGAUUUUGGAGAGGCUUCAACAAGUGCUGCAAAUGGAGAACCACAUUUCGAGCCAGGCGGACCGCUCGCAGUUCAACGACCUGCAGAGCCUGCUGUGCGCCACGCUGCAGUCGGUGCUGCGCAAGGUGACGGCGGAGGACGCGCCGCAGAUCUCGGACGCCAUCAUGUCGGCGCUGCUGACCAUGUUCGCGGGCAACGCGGGCAAGGCGGGCGGCGUGCAGGAGGACGCGCUCAUGGCCGUCUCCACGCUCGUUGAGGUGCUCGGGGAGGGCUUUCUCAAGUACAUGGACGCUUUUAAGAGAUAUCUCUACGUCGGUCUGAAGAACCACCAAGAGCACCAAGUGUGCAUAGCGGCCGUCGGUCUCACAGGUGAUAUUUGUCGAGCUCUGAAAAGUAAGGUGUUACCUUACUGUGAUGAGAUUAUAUGCCUUCUGUUGGAAAAUCUCGGAGAUCCAUCCAUACAUCGUUCUGUGAAACCGCAAAUAUUAUCUGUAUUUGGAGAUAUUGCACUCGGCAUAGGCCCAGAUUUUGCUAAAUAUUUUGAUGUAGUAAUGACAAUGUUGCUGCAGGCCAGCAAUGCGCAAGUAGAUCGCAAUGAUUACGACAUGGUGGAAUAUUUAGGAGAACUCCGUGAGAGUGUACUUGAAGCAUAUACUGGUAUUAUUCAAGGAUUGAAAGGAUCUGGUGGAGAAAUCCGCACGGACGUGGCGCUGGUGGAGCCGCACGUGCCCGCCAUCGUCAGCUUCAUGACGCUCGUGGGCAGCGAGCCCGAGCGCACCGACGGACACAUGUCCGUCAUCGCCGGCCUCACCGGCGACCUCUGCACGGUUUUCGGCCACCGCGUGCUGCCGCUGCUGGAGACGCGGCCGCUGCUGGACCUGCUGCAGGCGGCGCGGCGCUCACGCACGCCCCGCACUAAGACUCUCGCCAACUGGGCCACCAAGGAGAUCCGCAAGCUCAAGCAGCAGCCGCUCACUAGCUGAUUUAAAACGCCGCAACACAGCACUGAUGUAACUCAGUUUCAGACAACUUAUUGCUGGUAAACUCAAUAACAUUGGCAGGUCAUAUCAUGUUAAUCAUAAGUUGCUGGGUGCAUAUUGUUUUAUAGCCAUAUCAUUAUUUUAUUACUUUUUAUUUUAAUAUGCUACAAUUAAAGCUAAAAUUUAAUGCAUUCUCAAUUAGUUAAUAUUCGUAAUUUGUUUUUUUUUUUUAAGAAAGAAGAAUUGUGUAUUAUUUUGUAUUGCGUUGUGUAAUAUGGCGAAAUGCGUGCACCUAUCGCAACAUUCUUGAAAUUAUUUAGUAUGCCUGACCAUAUUCUUUCUGUAUUGUCUUGAAAAGUCGAAGCAUUUUUUCUUAUUUGGUAUUAUAAAUACAGACAGUGGCUGUGGUAUCUUUACUUAUGUGAGAUAAGUGAUAGUUUGAAAGAGGAUCUUAUGGAAGAUGACGUAUGUUAUUUUAGGCAUGCACAUGUGCAAGGGAUUUUGAAUUUUAUAAAUUAUUAUUAUGUUUUGUAAGUAAUUUGAAAGGGGUUGUGAUUGGCCAGGUAUGAAUGAUAUGAUGAAUGUAUGAACACAGAUGUUUUGUAACUUAGGCAUGUGUCUUAAAGAGAGUUGGUGUAUUGUAAGAUUCCGUAACGUUAAUUCGAGACUGAAGGACGCCAUAUUGGUGACUAAUGCUAUUUGUUCAUCACAAUGCAUUCCUCUAUGUAAUAAUUGUGUCUUACUCUGCCGUCCAGAAAGAUUAUACUUCUGAAUUAAGAAAUAACACCGAAAGAAAUUUCUUGACUACUGGCGGUAUAACACUUGUAACAUAAACUACGUGUGCGCACCUAGUCUCAAAAUGAUAAGACUAUUCCCUUUUUAUAUACUACGAAAUAUAAAUAUCGAACUCUAUAUUACUUUAACGAAUGCCAGUUUUUGUGAUGAAUAAACAAGUAUGCCUUUGUUCUCGGUGUUACAUUUAUUGUACAUAUGUAAUUAAAGGUCUUUUAUGUUACAAUGUUUUAAAGGAACUCGUAAUGGCUACGGGAAAAUAUUGAAAAAGGAAGCGAAAUACAUAUAGCUAUAUCUGCCGUAAAUUCAAACAUUAUAACUCCGUAAACUUUACGGAACUUAUUAUAAAAUCACGUUUUUAAGAUGCGGCAUCGACAUAAUUAUGCUACAAUUAAGAUUUCAUGAAUUACAACCAUCAGUGAAAUACGAUAGACAAGCAUUGUGGUCUACAAAACUAUUCAUUAGUGUGUUAAUGCUGAAGUUGUGAUGCUCAAAAGAGCCAACAAGGUCCAACAUAACUAUUACUUAUACUGUAAUCUUUAAUUCCAAUUUAUAACAUUUACAGUUGCCCCCUUAUCCAUAUCUAUACUAAUAUUAUAAAUGCUAAAGUCUGUCUGUCACGCUUUUACAUCUAAAACGCUGGGCCGUUUUUAAGGAAAUCUUAAUAAUAGAUAUAGUUAAUGACCCGAGGUCAAACACAGGUUAGGCUACCGCGAGCGGAACUGCGUGCAACUUCUAAUUCGUUAUAAAACUUUAAUGUCGUGAUCGUGAGUGACUACAUAAAUGCCUACGAAUUAUCCAUAUUUUCCCUCAUUCCAACCUGAAUGCGGUGCUAAUGCAUCUUACUCCUAUAUUUCACAGACGUUUUUCCUAAGAUGCAAAUAAUGUUUAUGGGACUUCUUUUAGGUAAAUGUGAGUCGCUGCGAUUUUACACAUACAAAAUAUUGAGGAUCUUUAUUGCAAACGAGUUUUUGCAAUAAACUGCGACACGGCGUAAUUGUGUUUUGUUUAUUGACGCCAGAAUUACAUAGAUUUAAGAAAUUAAACUGGAUUUAAUUAUGCAUAAAUAAUCACUUGAAAACCAAUUUAGUAGCAUAAAUAAAAGAUGGCGAAAAUGAUAAAGAUAAUAAAAGUUUAUCAUUGCCGGGUGACUCUCACCCGUAAUGGUAAUAUGAAUUUGAUGAUAGAUCUAAUAAUAUAAUUAUUGCAAAACCGUAAAAAUGGAUUGAUACGUAUCACUGGAUAUUGAUUUAUUUGAGAGAUACAUUUCGCGAAUAUGCUUUAAAUCUUCUGCUUAUUUUUUUAUGAUACUUUGCAUUUUUUUAUUGUUGCUCUGAAUAAUAUGUGGUAUUAUUUAAUUUUGUCACAUAAGUGGUUUUCAGAAAUAACUUCAGGAAUUCGAAAUAAACUUUCUGUGUCUAGUCUGUGAGCAUCACUGACAGGUAUGAUGUUUGCGCGAAUUAUGCAAGAAUAUUUAUGAGAAGUGUAUCGUUAACUUUUUUACGUUACAUAACAGUAUAUUCCAAUAUGUUUGUCAACAGUGUAGGAUAUUAGAUAGAUUCCGGAGUGUUAUAUGUAUGCAUAUUAUAUUUAUAUAUAUUACUUCUAUUAAGUGUGAUAGGAGACUGUGUGAGGACUAGUGCCAUGCCAUGAAAGGUUCUGAAUUAGAAUCAUAGGCAUCGAGUCGAUGAAUACCACCCACUUUUCCUGCGCGAAUCGUAAAUCAAUUAAAAUUAUUUUAUUACGCCCUUUUUUCCUUUCAUUUUACAACAACUACUUUCUGUAAACUGUUCUUUUAAUAAUAACACAUUUAGACGUU